AUGGUGAACUCUUUGGCUCUCGUUGAUAAUGACUUUGAAGAUGCUGAUAUCGAAUCUCUGUUUUCCAUCGAAGAUGAAGCAACAGAUGAAGCAAAAUUCAGGAGCACCCCCAGCAAUCCAGAUGAAGAUCUCCAGUUUGCCUUUUGGACAAGUCGCAACAACAGGAGUCACCCUAAUUCAGAUGGUUCUAUCACCUGGCGAAAGGCAUAUCACACUAUAUUCCUUUCAGCAUAUCCAGUGACCCAAGGAAAGUGGAUCGACAGUGGAAAUUAUCUUGUCAUAACCCGAACACUGUGUUCACUCAAUGGAUUGGCACUCUCAGACCCUCAACUUGAAACAAAAGAUAAGCAGCAGAACUCCAGAACUCCAGAGAGAGAGAUGGCUGAAACUAUUGCCCAUUCUCUGAUGGAAAACUUGGAGGAGUUAAUGAGCUUCAAGAGAGAUUUGAUUAGGGAAGAGGAGGAUCAAAUUGCCUGGCUUUACAAGGAUCUACAAUUGCUAAUAGCCUUCCUUAAGGAUUUACAGAUCAAGUUUAAAGACCACGAAGGAGCGAAAAACCUGGAGGCACGAAUUAGAGAUGUGGUGUAUGAGGCUGAAACAGCCGUUGACUUGUUCAUAGUUAACACUGCCUGGAAGGAGAAGGAGGAUAUCAUAACGAAGAGAAUGGAGGAAAUUGGCAUAUCAGAGAAAACUGGUCACGAUCGCUCAUUAAAUCUUGGCCAUGUCAAGAAAGAGAUUGAAGCAAUCAAAACAGAGGUGAAUAAAAUGUAUGACAAGAGGACACAGAGCGUGCAAAUGGUUAAUAAUGUCGAAAUUUUUUCGAUUGAUAGAGACGCAUCAAGAGCAACAAAUAAUAGUAAAUGUGAGGGGGAGGGGGAGGGGGAGGGGGAGGGGGAGGAGGAAACAAUGGUGGGAUUUGAGCAGGAGACAAUGAUCUUAAAGGAGCAACUUACUGGAGGUUCGAAGCAGCUUAAGAUCAUUUCGAUUGUUGGGAUGGCUGGACUAGGUAAGACUACUUUGGCUACAAGAGUGUAUAAGGACCCUUUGGUGGCAUACUACUUCUAUAUGCGAGCUUGGAUAUCUGUUUCUCAAGAGUACCGAAAGAGGGAUUUGUUACUUGGCCUUCUAAGUUGCAACAAUCAAAUCAGCAACCCUAUUAAUGAUGAGGUAUUACCUCAAAGUUUGUACAAAAGCUUAAAGGGAAGGCGAUACUUCAUCUUGAUGGACGGCAUAUGGGAUUAUAAGGCCUGGUUUGAUUUGGAAAAUUGUUUUCCAGAUGAUAACAACGGAAGUAGGAUUAUGUUCACUAGUCGGCAUGAACAUGUAGCUUUCUCUCCUUUUUCUCUGCGUUUUCUAUCUCUUGAUGAGAGUUGGAAUCUCUUACGACAGAAGAUAUUUCAAAGAGAAACCUGCCCUUCAGAGCUCAUGGAGACAGGAAAGCAAAUAGCACAAAAGUGUAAAGGACUACCGCUUGCAAUCGUUGUGGUAGCGGGAAUUCUUAGAAAUGAAGAGAAGAGUCAAGAGCGGUGGAAGCAGGUGGGGCAAACGUUAAAUUCACAUAUGGCUAUGGACCAAGAACUAUGGACUAAGACAAUAGCACUGAGUUAUAACCACUUACCUCCUCACUUGAAACCGUGCUUUCUCUACUUUGCAAUAUUUCCAGAGGAUUACCAAAUUCUUGUGUGGAAGUUGAUUUGGUUAUGGGUUGCUGAGGGAUUUAUAAGAAAGACAGGUGAAAAAAUCUUGGAGGAUGUAGCGGAGGAGUACCUGAAGGAUUUAAUCAGUAGAAGUCUUGUGUUAGUUUCCAGAAGAGGGUAA